AUGACUCUUGCUGAGGAGUUUCGAUCCAGAAAUUUCAUGCCUUCCGAGCUUCGAGCAGCGCUGCAGUGGAGAGGCAAUGGCGAGAUGUCGGAUGGGACCGGUGUGCUGUGCAUGGUUCUGUGCUUUGCCCUCGGCAUUGCAAACAUCUUUUCCCCCGUCCUCCGCAUCAUCUUCUCCGUUAUUUGCCUUGCUUGCUCAUUCAUCAUCCUCUUCAUUGAGGUACCCUUCCUACUCCGCAUUUGCCCUACGUCCGCCAAGUUCGAUGCCUUCAUUCGCCGCUUCACCACUAACUGGAUGCGCGCCGCCAUGUAUGCUGUGAUGUGCGGUAUCCAGUGGGCCAGUCUCUGCACCGGUGCCUCGAGUCUGAUUGCUGCGGCUGUCGUGCUCAGCAUAGCUGCUAUCUUCUACGCGCUGGCCGGUCUGAAGAGCCAGGAGUUUGUCGGCAGCAAGACCCUCGGCGGUCAGGGUGUUGCGCAGAUGAUCGUUUAA